CUUAAAAUAUAUGUCAUGUACAUUCCACAUACCCUGACCGCGCGUGCAAGGGUUCGCGGGUAAAGUACGUGCCGAGAGUGGAUGGAUCCGUAUUUUUUUUUCUCCACCGAGUUUUUGAGUAAAGCAUUAUGGUGAUCCAGCAGGAGGUCGUGUCCAAGGCCGAGGAGAUCGCGGAUCAGGUAAUUCGUAACGGGAAACAUGUGCUGCCAACUCUCGCCCGUCUCUGCCUAAUAGCCACAUUCCUGGAGGACGGAUUACGAAUGUGGUUCCAAUGGAACGAGCAACGGGAGUACAUGGACCUGUCGUGGGGCUGUGGCAAGUUCCUGGCGACGUUAUUCGUCCUCGUAAAUUUACUAGGCCAAUUGGGUGGUUGUGUGAUGGUGAUCGGUAGAUUUAAGGUGCCAAUAGCCUGUGGACUUCUCUUCUUCAUCGUGGUCCUCCAGACAUUCGCCUACAGCAUCCUCUGGGACAUGCAGUUCCUCUUCAGGAACCUCGCCCUCAUCGGCGCCCUGCUGCUCGUCCUCGCGGAGUCCAGGGUCGAGGGGAGAUCUCUGUUCGCUGGAGUUCCGACUCUCGGCGACAACAAACCGAAGAAUUAUCUGCAACUGGCUGGCAGAGUCCUCCUCGCCUUCAUGUUCAUCACGUUGAUACGCUUCGAAGUGUCUUUCAUGCAGAUCAUUCAGGAUAUACUUGGAAGUAUUCUCAUGGUUCUCGUCACCAUUGGGUACAAGACGAAACUCAGUGCUCUCCUUCUUGUUUUGUUACUCUCAGCCCUCAACUUUUACCAUAACGCCUGGUGGAGCAUUCCUGAUCACAAACCUCUGAGAGAUUUCCUUAAAUAUGACUUCUUCCAGACACUCUCAGUAAUCGGAGGACUCCUGAUGAUCGUUUCCCUGGGUCCAGGUGGAGUAUCCAUGGACGAGCACAAAAAGAAAUGGUAGAGUGUCACCAGGAUAACGCUUUUACCUCGACUCUCCGUUACAGCGGCUCUUCCGGGUGUUGAUGCAUCGGGGGAAAUUUCCCUCUUAUUUCCCCCCCCCCCCACAAUUUUUCCAUUUCAAUCGAAGUUCAAACUGAUUUAAAAUGAAAACGAGUGCAUGGAAUCGAAUGAAUUCACUGACCGAAUUCGUUACUUAUCAUGUGGUAUUGCAAUGCAAGAUGGGAAAUAUUUUUCUUCAUUGAAAUUAUUUUUCUUGGAUUGUGCGUACAGAAGGCAAUAGAAUAUGUGUUGACGAAAUACGAAAAAUUCAAAUCAUAACAGACAAGACUAAUUUAUACUAUCGUAAUAAUAGUUGUAAUGAUUGUAAUGGCAUUGUACAUAUUACAGCGGUGAAACAUGAUUAUUUGAUUACAAUA